AUGGCAUCGAGCAGUCACGUGGAUUUCGAUUUGAAUGAGCAGUACGCUCAGAUUAGUUUGGAGGAUGAGGAAGCGGGUGUUCUAAUUGGGGGAGAUGAUGAGGGUGAUGAGACGACUUUUGACGAUCGGUGGUGUUUGGUGGGGAAGUUUCUGACGGGUCGACCGGUGGACUUUGAUGCAAUGCGCCACUUAAUGGCUUCACUUUGGCAGCCGGGUAAGGGUGUUUUUAUCAAGGAGUUGGGUACGAAUCGUUAUCUUUUUCAGUUUUUCCAUGAGUUGGAUGUCCAAACCGUUAUAGAUGGUAGCCCUUGGACGUUCAAUCGAAGCCCUCUUGUUUUUCAUCGUCUGAAUAAGGGAGAAGACCCUAAGGAAGUGGCGCUUCACAAGCUUGAUUUCUGGGUUCAGAUUCAUGACUUGAAAUCUGGAUACAUGUUGGAAAAGGUGGUUCGGAGUGCGGGAGCUUACAUAGGUACGUAUGUUAAAUCGGACCCUAAGAAUUUUAAUGGUAUUUGGAGAGAAUACUUGCGUGUUCGUACUACGGUGGAUAUCGAAAAACCCUUAAAGAGGAGGAUGAAACUUUGCAAGGAGAAUGGGGAUUGGAUUUGGGCGAAUUUUAAGUAUGAACAUCUUCCUACCUUUUGCUUUGUUUGUGGAAUCAUUGGGCAUGCGGAUAGAUUUUGUCCUAAACGCUUUGAUCAACCUAUUGAUCAAUUGGUCAAACCGUAUGGUGCGGCGCUACGGGCGGAUCUGAAGAAGAAAAACUACCUAGUUGGUGCUAAGUGGCUUCGGAGUGGGGCCGAGGAGGGUGGUGGGCGGCUGGCCGUGGUGGUGGGGGGCGUGUGA